AUGUUCCAGCUGAACUCUCCCAUGAACUCGGUCAGCAGCACCGAGGACAUUAAGCCCCCGCUGGGUCUCAACGGCGUGAUGAAAGUGCCCGCCCAGCCCUCCGGCACGGCCCUGUCGCUCACCAAGCACAUAUGCGCCAUCUGCGGUGACCGUUCCUCAGGCAAACACUACGGCGUGUACAGCUGCGAGGGCUGCAAGGGUUUCUUCAAAAGGACGGUGCGCAAAGACCUCACCUACACGUGCCGAGACAACAAGGACUGCGUCAUCGACAAGCGCCAAAGGAACCGCUGCCAGUACUGCCGCUACCAAAAGUGUUUAGCCAUGGGCAUGAAGAGAGAAGGUACAGCACAUACCGUAGAGGAUAGUCACUCUUACUUCCUUGUUUCCUUACUAACACUUCAUUGCAUGCAAAUGUCAAAAAGUACCGUGUUUUUCAGACUAUAA